CGGAAUUGUGUAAUUAAACGUACAGAGCAGAUCUCACAUUGAGAUACGAGUGACCUGCGCUUUCCGAAGCAUAUAUAAGACGGAGCUGAGCGCUCUCGCGGCAUUCCCCUUUAUGUUGAGGAUUGUGUGGCUCUAGUGGACUUCAUGAAUUUUACAUCGAUCUGCGUUUCAUAAUUUUACCGCUUUUUUAUACUGAAUAAAUAUUUAUUUACCGAAUAUAUGUAGAGUCGUUUUUGCUCUUCAUUGGAUAAUAAUUUUGCUUUUAGGCGGAAUUGCACAUUUAACAGGCGUUAUGACACUCAGGAGAACUGUUUUUUUGCUGCCCAUGCUGUUACUAUGCACCACAGAACUACCUCGAGGCCAGGUGGAAGAUCACUCUAGCUUUGACCUGUUCGAGAUCAGCCACAUCACCAGAAAGACAAUUGGUGCCAAGAUUUUCAAGGGACAUGACUGGGAUUCGCCAGCAUACCGCUUCAUCCGCUUCGACCACAUCCCCCCAGUGGGUGCACCAGUCCUCCAGCAGCUCCUAAAGCAGAUCCAGAACAACGAGGGCUUUGUGUUCUCGGCCUCCCUGCGGCAGGACCGCGGCACUCGAGGUACCCUGGUGGGCCUGGAGGGGCCUGAUGGGCACAGACCAUUUGAAAUAGUGUCCAACGGACAUACCAACUCUCUGGACCUGAUUUACUGGGUGGAUGGUUCUCAGAAUAUUGUGUCCUUCGAGGACGUGGACUUGUCAGACUCGCAAUGGAAGAACAUCACGCUGCACGUUCAUGGCGAGAGCGCUAGCCUCUAUGUGGGCUGUAGCCUCAUGGACAGCUUCAUCCUGGAUGAGCCUUUCUAUGAGCACCUAUGGGUUGAGGGCGGAUGCAUGUAUGUGGCCAAAGGAUCUCUCAGGGAGAACCACUUCAGGGGUUUGCUGCAGAAUGUUCGCUUCAUCUUUGAUAUGCCACUUGAAGACAUUCUGAGAAACAAGGGUUGUGAGCUCGCCAAGCCUGAGGAAGUGAACAUACUUAGUGAGACUGUAGAGGUCGUGGACGUCAGCCCAGCAGUUUCCACUAACUUCAUUGGGCAAAAGGUGGAGAAGGCACUGUCAGAUACGUGCGAGCGCUCCUGUGACGAGAUCAGUUCCAUGUUUCAGGAACUCAAGGGCCUUCGCAUAGUGGUGGGCAACCUCAUCGAUGGCCUGCAGAAAGUGACAGAGGAAAACACAGUAAUGAAGCAAGCUCUGGGAAAUAUGAAGAACGUCAAAGAUAAGCAUAUGUGCUGGCAAGAUGGCCGCCUGUUUGAGGACCAGGAGGACUGGGUGGUAGAUAGCUGCACCAAGUGCACCUGUCAGGAGUCGAAGAUCGUGUGUCAUCAGAUUACUUGUCCCCCUGUAGCCUGUGCUAGUCCCAUUUUCUUGGAUGGAGAGUGCUGUCCUAUGUGCCUGCCUAAGGACAGUGAGGAUGGCUGGUCACCAUGGUCCGAGUGGACAGAGUGCACAGUCACGUGUGGCACUGGCACACAGCAGAGGGGCCGGUCAUGUGAUGCCACCAGCAACCCCUGCAGUGGACCGUCUAUCCAGACACGCAGGUGCAGUCUGGCGAAGUGUGACAGCAGAGUUCGUCAGGAUGGUGGUUGGAGUCUCUGGUCACCUUGGUCCUCCUGUUCGGUGACAUGUGGGGAAGGGCAGAUCACCAGAAUUCGCCACUGUAACUCCCCCGUUCCCCAGCUUGGGGGGAAGGACUGCAAGGGAAGUGGGAGAGAGACCCAGCGCUGUGAAGCCAAGCCCUGCCCAAUUGAUGGUGGAUGGGGUCCAUGGUCGCCCUGGGCGAUAUGCUCUGCCACCUGCGGCGGUGGGGUGCGGGGACGCACCCGCGUCUGUAACAGCCCACGGCCUCAGCAUGGAGGCAGACGGUGUCUAGGAGAGGCCAGGGACACAGAGGCGUGCAACAAGCAGGCAUGCCCCGUGGAUGGCUGUCUAUCCAAUCCCUGCUUUGGAGGGGUGGACUGCAACAGUGCGCCUGAUGGCUCGUGGGAAUGUGGUCCCUGCCCUGUGGGUUUCCGCGGGAAUGGAAAAUUUUGUGAGGAUGUCAAUGAGUGUGACUUGGUGCCUGAUUUGUGCUUCAAAGUCAGUGGGAUCCAGCGCUGCACAAACACAGACCCAGGAUUUCAUUGCCUUCCAUGUCCUCCCCGUUACAAAGGCAACCAGCCCUUUGGAAUGGGUGUAGAAGCUGCCAAAGAUAAUAAACAGGUUUGUGAACCAGAGAAUCCUUGCAAGGACAGGACACAUAACUGCCACAGGUUCUCUGAGUGUAUCUACCUUGGCCACUUCAGUGACCCCAUGUAUAAAUGUGAGUGUAAGAUUGGUUAUGCUGGAGAUGGCUUCAUCUGUGGAGAAGACUCUGACCUGGAUGGCUGGCCCAACCACAAUUUGGUGUGUAGGACCAAUGCCACCUAUCACUGCAAGAAGGACAACUGCCCCAACCUUCCCAACUCUGGUCAGGAGGACUUUGACAAGGAUGGCCAAGGAGAUGCCUGUGAUAAGGAUGAUGACAAUGAUGGAAUCAUAGAUGAGAGAGACAACUGCGACCUGCUGUAUAACCCCAGGCAGUUUGAUUAUGACAAGGAUGAUGUGGGUGAUCGCUGUGAUAACUGUCCAUACGAGCAUAAUCCAGCUCAGAUUGACACUGACAACAACGGGGAGGGAGAUGCCUGUGCAGUGGACAUCGAUGGGGAUGGGGUCCUGAACGAAAAUGAUAACUGCCCAUAUGUGUACAACAGUGACCAGAAGGACACAGAUAUGGAUGGAGUUGGAGACCAAUGUGAUAACUGCCCUUUGCUUCAUAACCCAGAUCAGGCUGACACAGACAAUGACCUUGUUGGAGAUCACUGUGACAACAAUCAUGACAUUGAUGAAGACGGCCAUCAGAACAACCUCGACAACUGCCCUUACAUUCCUAAUGCCAACCAGGCAGAUCAUGAUCAUGAUGGGAAAGGAGAUGCUUGUGAUUCAGAUGAUGACAAUGAUGGAAUUCCUGAUGACAAAGACAACUGCAGACUGGUAUCCAACAAAGACCAGGAGGACUCAGAUGGCGAUGGUCGAGGUGAUAUCUGCAAGGAUGACUUUGACAAUGACAGCAUCCCAGACAUAUUGGAUGUAUGCCCGGAAAACAAUGCUAUUAGUAUAACAGAUUUCAGGAAGUUCCAGAUGGUGCAUUUGGAUCCCAAAGGGACCACACAAAUUGAUCCCAAUUGGGUAGUCAGGCAUCAGGGCAAGGAGUUGGUUCAGACUGCCAACUCUGACCCAGGCAUUGCAGUGGGAUAUGACGAGUUCAGUGCUGUCGACUUCAGUGGCACAUUCUAUGUAAAUACUGACAGAGAUGACGACUAUGCUGGAUUUGUGUUUGGCUACCAGUCAAGUUCCCGCUUCUAUGUGGUGAUGUGGAAACAGAUCACGCAAACAUAUUGGGAGGAGAAGCCUUCAAAGGCCUUUGGCAUUUCAGGAGUCUCCCUCAAAGUGGUCAAUUCCACUACAGGCACUGGAGAGAGCCUGCGCAAUGCUCUCUGGCACACUGGAAACACAUCUGGUCAGGUUCAUACUCUCUGGCAUGACCCCAAGAAUAUUGGCUGGAAGGAUUACACUGCCUAUAGGUGGCAUCUCAUUCACAGACCCAAGACUGGGUUCAUCAGAGUGGUAGUGUACGAGGGAAAACAGAUCAUGGCUGACUCUGGGCCAGUCUAUGACAAGACCUUUGCAGGAGGACGAUUAGGGUUGUUUGUCUUUUCACAAGAACUGGUGUUCUUCUCUGAUCUUAAAUAUGAAUGUCGAGAUGGUCCGGAGUUUUCCACUGUUUAUGAGAUAACUGAGCAAGACAAGCAAUGAAGCAUGUAAAGGACUAUAACGUAAUAACACACACAUUCCCUUUUCACCAACCUAUAAGUGCUUUGGAAGGUUAAUGAGGAAACCAUUCAAUUUCUAAGUAUGGAACUGAUGGAAGGAGGUGAACCAAAAUGAUCCACCUCACAGCAAAAACGAUCUGAAAUGGUUUAUUACAGAAAAUAUUUGUACAACCACUUCAUGUGUUUUUCAAAAUUGCAAAUAGUCUGAAAUUAAUGUUCAAGAAGCAUGGCACAGGUUGCUAUUUAUAUAUAAAUAUAUGUAUUGCUUUACAUCUGGCCAUUUAAGAUAAGCCAAAACACUUCAUUUACAUUUUAUUUACUGAACUGUCAGCACCAAAAUGCUUUACUUGCACAUAUUUCUAUUUUAUUUUUAGUCUAUAUUUUUAUGUUUUCUGUAUUGUCACUUUGUUAGUUGUUUGUUUUUUAUUGG